AUGAUCACAGAUAUUUACCACCCGGGGGAAAAAAUAGAAAAUGAAUUCAUGAAGGAGAAAAUUCGGUCGAAAAUAAACGACAUGCUAAAAUGGAAGCGCAGAGGGUUCCCAGGAGGCAAUCCAGUAUCGCUAACAAAACACAACAUCAGGAAUUUGUUUAGCAAGGAUUAUCUAAUAUGCGAAAAGACCGACGGAGUGAGGUACUUUUUAUUUAUUGCUUCCAAUACCACUUUCCUAAUUGAUAGGAAUUAUGAUAUUUUCAAAAAUGAUAUGCACAUUCCUACACAUGACGAUUUGCAAGCCAAGCAGCAGUUAACAUUACUCGAUGGAGAAUUGGUCGAGGACACCAUUUUUAACGAAAAAAAAGGAAUCGAAGAAAAUAGAAUUGUGUAUUUAAUAUAUGAUGGACUUUUUAUCCAUAGGAGGGACAUAACAGCUUUGAACUACUUGGAGAGACUGACCAAUGUUUACAACUUUGUUAUUCUUCCGUUGAAGAAGUAUAGGAGGUACACCAAGAAGGGGAAGCGAACCAACGGACCCACGCCUCCCUCCCGCUCUGCAUUCGAAUCGGAUGACGGGAAUGUGAACAAUUGGCAAAGUGUAAAUGGCAGCAAAAAUGGCCAUCAAAAUGAUAGCAAAAAUGUGAGCGCAAAUAGCAGUGAUAAACAGAGCGUAAGAAGGGUGGACCAAAUGGGCGAUAAGGACACAUCUACCGAUCAGUGGAGUAAUCAUAACGGGACUCCCCCUCUUCCAACAAGUGCAACUUCUUCUGUGUUAGAUGACCAUUCCAUGCAUAAGAAGGAGGCCUACACAAAGGUGGAACCUUCUGGUACAUCUACCGAUGGAGAUGUGUGUGACGAAUCAGAUGAGACAACCCCCUCCGAUGAAGGUAGUCUCCCCGAGGAAGAAAAUCUCCCAUUCGAAAUUUACCUAAAAGAUUUCUACCCCAUCUCGCAAAUUAAGGAACUUAUUCAAACCAUUAAGAAACUGCCCCAUCCGUCUGAUGGGAUUAUUUUCACCCCACUGAAUUAUCCCUACAGAACUGGCAACUUCUUCGAAUUACUAAAAUGGAAACCACUAAAUUUAAACACCGUCGAUUUUGGCAUUGAGACCAUAUAUGACCAACAUAAUUUUCCAGAAAAGUUUGAGCUUUUUAUUUCCAUCAGGGGAGUGAGGACGUCUUAUCGGACAUACCUGGCAGAGUAUGGGGACGUGUACAAGGAACUCCUCACCCUAGCGUUAAACAACAAGAUUUCUCAUUAUAUUAUCGAAUGCUACUAUGUUGCGAAGAAUAUUUUUUCCAUUUUUAAAAAUGAAAAUGGGAUGGAGGAGAAAAUCGAAGGGGGGUGGAUUGCGCAGAAAAUUCGGUUCGAUAAAAACAUACCCAACGAUAUUUCCACGCUGAACAAAGUUAUACAGAGCAUCCUGGACAACAUUACCAUUGACUCGCUCAUCAAGGAGAUUUCGCGAAACCGCUCGGGCAAGCGCUGA